AUUCAAAUAUUGCUAAUUCUAAUCGGAUGGUUAUUUUGUCUUUCAUAUGUCUGCUAUUUUUCAUUACAAUAUAAAUAUACAUAAUUUAAUAUCGAAUUUUUCAUAAUAAGUCGUUUGCAAAAUCUAAAUAGAAGAGGUGACAUUUUUAUUUUUCAAUUUUGGCAACACUACCAAUACAAAUAACAGCAGUUAGUUUAUAAAUAUGGCAAACAAUGAUUUUGUUAAACAUAAAGUAUAAAGUCGUGAUUAGUGGAAUACAUAUUUAUUAACUAGAACCCUAAUAUAUUCAUAAUGAGUUUGAAUAAUCGAAAAAUUCCAGUGUUCGUAUUUCCGAAUUGUUUAAAAUUUUACGUAGGAACAAAAUCUUCACAUAAACAGAUCAUGACAUUGUAUAAUCUGUACGAUUUUACAGUCCGUUUUAGAAUUUUAUCCACGGCACCUAGUAAAUAUGCAGUUACAGAAGCUGAAGGAACCAUAGGACCUCACAUGAGUGUAGAUAUUAUAAUAAGACAUGUUUCGCCUAUUAUUACGAAUUGUAACAUUACGGAUAAAUUUCGGAUAUCAAUGCAAGAUAAUACAACUAAAGAGUUUAUUGGUAAAAGAGACAUUGAGGCAGUACUUUUAUCUGGGGAAGUGGAAAAUAUUUCUAACGAUGGAGAUUUUGAAAAUUUGCCUUCUUCUGAUAGGGAAAGUAGUUUUUCUGACAGAGGAGGUCCUUUUAGUUUGAACAGAGGAAGUUUCUCUGAUAGGAGGAGUACAAAUGUUUCUUCUUACGACAGGGGAAGCAUAAUCGACGAGCAAAACAGGCAGAUAACAAUGUUAAAUUCUACAAAUUACAUAGUAUCAAUAAUCAUAGGGGCAGUUUGUGUUGUGACGUUAUUGCUACCCACAAAAGAAGAAAUAUCAAAGCCAUCUAGCAACAUCCCUGUACAGUUUCAUAUUACUAUCACCCUAAAACUGGUAUUAUCUUAUGUAUUAGGGUUGGUAACGAUGGUUAUUUUUCGACCAUAGAUAAUAAAAAUUUGACGAAAAUAAAAUUGAUGGUGGAUUGUGACAUAUAUGUAUGUAUUGUAAAUAAAUGUACGGUUUUUGUUAUGCAUUUUAAAAUAUGAUUUUUAAUAAAGAUGAAAAUAUA